AUGCUGUAUGCUCCACAGGCAAGCAACCUGCAGCAGCAGCAGCAGCAGCAGUUGUGCGUAGUUCUUUUGAACUUGAGUUUGCACCUUUUGCCUCCCACAGAAGUGAUUCGAAAGCCGGUUUCUCUGCAGCAGCAGCUGCAUGCGCGGGAGCCUCUCUGGCUGCGGCUGGCGUUUGACUGCGCGCUGCGGCGCGUAGUGGCCUUCGGCGUGCGGGACCAUUUGGUGGACAAGUACAAAUUGCCCAUGGUGCCUCUGGAUGUUUGCCAGAGCGAAGUGCUGCUGGACGUGGAGCAGUGCAUUCCCGUGGACUUCAUGGACAAGUUUCCCUCCGACACUUUGAUAGAGGUCGUGAGGCAGAAGCAGCUGCUGGUGGGUACCAUGGACUUCAGCGUGUUUCCGCAGCUGGCCGCGGACCAGGGCUACACCGCAGGCUUUUACCCCGAGCUGGUGCAGGCGGUGGCGCAGGAGCUGACUGUGAUAGUGCUGCAGAACCCGGGGCUGCGGCGGGAGCUGGUGGGGGAGCGCGAACUGGACAUCAGCAUUCUGAACCAGUCCUUCAGCAAGCGCGUGCAGGACAUAAAGGCUGCAGUGGCGCAGGAGCUCCUCAUCGGCGCUGCAUGCAGCGAAGAGGCGAACGGCGCAGCGGGCCACGGGCUGCAGCAGGCGGCCGCGGCUGGCAGGGGGUCUAUGGGCCACGGCGAGGCUCUGGGGGGGGAGGGGAACUUGCCGUGGCAAGACACGCUGGUCUGCGGGGAUGUCAGUGGCUCUGCUUCCACAUGUCAGUUGCACGGCUGCCUCUCCCCGUGGGGAGAAGUCCCCAAGGAGUUCCAGAUCGCAGUCACCCACGUCAAGUUCAGCACCCCCAUGAACUUGGUGGCGGCGGUGCAUCGAGGCGAAGUCCACAUGACAGACGUAGGCACCAUCGCCUCCGCCUACCUCCCGGAGAAAUACAAUUUCCUGCCUCUCAGAGAAGUGCUGGAGCCCUCCUGCACCGUCGGAGCCUGGAAGAGCUUCUUCUUGCUGCGGGACCCAGCAAGUCGCCGCCGCCGCGGCCGGCGCCAGACUUCCGCCGACCCUGAACAGCAAAACUUCGCCAGAAGUGCAGCGGGAACUUUUGAGAAGGGAGGAGUAAACGUUUUGGGCUCAACGCUCGGCUGGUCGGGAGGGAUCAGCGGCGGCAGAGGGAGCGGUGGGAGAAACACCAGCCCUGGAAAGAGCCCCCCUGGGAGUGGCGGAAGCAAGGAUAUUUCGAAGGAUAGGCGACACCAGCGGCCUGGCAGCAUGUCAGAGUCCACAAACCUGAUGAACCGGAUGGAAAGCUGGGAGGAACGCAUGCGACGGACGCGCAGCCUUUUCUUCAAGCUGUAUGGAGUGCAGACAGAAGCAGCCACAGGCAGCAGCCAGCACGCCUCAGCCUCCUCCAGCCCACCUGGCGCAAACUCGAUUAGCCCCAGCCGCAGCGCAGACACUGAAACUGCGUUCGAAGAGAAAACUCUUGUCAAACUUCAAGCUGUUGACCACUUUCUGUAUUCCUACUUGUUCCCUCAAGAGUUCAGGAUAUCCAGUGUGAGAAAGGCGGGGAGGCCGGCGGCGGAUAUCGUUGAGCUCAAUGUGGCGGUGUCACCCACAGCAGCGGCGACUUCCAGGCGUGCUGGCCUCACGAUUUCGGAGGGAGCCUCUGGGCUCUCUGGUUUCUACCAACUCACGGCAAAGGCGAUCAUGCGACUACCACCCAGUGGCGAGACAUGGGCUGCGCCAGGACGACGGAGUCGUGGAGUUUCCAGGACCUCUUGUGCCUUUAGCUGCAUUCUUUGCUAA